UGGCGGUCUUGCCGGCCAGUGAGGCCAGGGCGUGGGAGGGGCGUGGCUCGGAGCGCGAAACAUGGCGGGGCAGGACGGUGGCUGCGGCCGCGGCGGCGACGACUACUCAGAGGACGAGGGCGACAGCAGCGUGUUCAGGGCGGCUGUGGAGGUGUUCGGGAAGUUGAAGGACCUAAACUGCCCCUUCCUCGAGGGUCUGUAUAUCACAGAGCCAAAGACAAUUCAGGAACUGCUGUGCAGCCCCUCAAAGUACCGCUUGGAGAUCCUCGAGUGGAUGUAUACCCGGAUCUGGCCCUCACUGCAGGACAGGUUCAGCUCACUGAAAGGGGUCCCAACAGAGGUGAAGAUCCAAGAAAUGACGAAGCUGGGCCAUGAGCUGAUGCUGUGUGCGCUGGAUGACCAGGAGCUCCUCAAGGGCUGUGCCUGCGCCCAGAAGCAGCUACACUUCAUGGACCAGUUGCUCGAUGCCAUCCGGAGCCUGACCAUUGGGUGCUCCAGUUGCUCGAGCCUGAUGGAGCACUUCGAGGACACUAGGGAGAAGAACGAGGCCUUGCUGGGGGAGCUCUUCUCCAGCCCCCACCUGCAGAUGCUCCUGAAUCCAGAGUGCAACCCGUGGCCCCUGGACAUGCAGCCCCUCCUCAACAAGCAGAGUGAUGACUGGCAGUGGGCCAGCGCCUCUGCCAAGUCCAAAGAGGAGGAGAAGCUGGUGGAGCUUGCCAGGCAGCUGCAGGGGAGUGCUGCCAAGUUGCACGCGCUUAGAACGGAGUACUUUGCACAGCACGAGCAAGGGGCUGCUGCGGGCGCAGCCAACGUCAGCACCGUAGACCAGAAGCUGCGUCUGGUCACCUCCGACUUCCACCAGCUAAUCUUGGCUUUUCUCCAAGUCUACGACGACGAGCUGGGCGAGUGCUGCCAGCGCCCAGGCCCUGACCUCCACCCGUGCGGCCCCAUCAUCCAGGCCACGCACCAGAAUCUGACUUCCUACAGCCAACUGCUGCAAGUGGUCGUGGCAGUUGCUGACACCUCUGCGAAAGCCGUGGAGACCGUGAAGAAGCAGCAAGGCGAGCAGAUCUGCUGGGGCGGCAGCAGCUCCGUCACGAGUCUAGCUACCAAGAUGAAUGAACUAAUGGAGAAAUACAAAGUCUUCAGUGAUGGCCUGCACAAAAGCACAGGAUAGUGGGGGCAGGAGGCCCUCUCCCAAGAUGGAGUUGGCGAGGACGGAUGAUUGUGGCAGCAGAAGCCGUUGCAGCCCCACGUUGUGCUCUAGGCAGGGACCUUUGGCCCCUUUGGGGAGGGAGAGAGAGAUGGACGGUUUGACUUGGACACAAAGCCUUGGUUUCUAAGCAGUCGCCUCCAGCCUGCUUUCUGCUUCUGCAGCUCUGCGUCUCUCUCUCCUUCCCCUCAUCCUGAGCUGCUCAGGUGGCCCAGGUCUGGGCAGGCUGGCGGCGGCCCUCCUGUCAUCUUGGCGGGCCUGGGCUGCAUCCUCUUCCUGUGGCUUCACUCCUCCCUGCUGCUGCCAGCCACUUGCAAGCAGAGACCCGACUGCCACCUCCCCCGGCUGGCAUCAGGGUCCUGUGUGAGACGUACCCCUCAGCCGCCCUCCUUGAGUGCCCCUGGAUCCCACGCGGGGUACCAGUUUCCUGCUCCUCCCUGGCUGGGCGCUCAGCUCUGGGCUGGGGAAUUCAGCCUGACUGGUUGUCCAGGAAGAUGCUGUCUGGGCUUCCCAGGGUGACCCAGUAUCUCCCUGAGCAGUGUGCCUGUCACAGCUGCCUCCCUCCCUGCGCAGGCGUGACUGGUGGGGCCUCUGCCUCCUUGGGGCCAUUGUUGUACCUGCUGCUGCCCGCCCCGCCCUGCUCCCUCCUGGCACCAUCUCCUUUGCUUCCCCAAGGUCCCUGUGGGCACACAAGGCAAGGAGGCCAGGAGGAGCUGGGUGCCAGACCCCCUCCAUCCCAGUCGCCUGAGGCAUCCCCUAGCCACCACUGUGAGAGGUAGGAGGCCAGGCAGGCCUGUGGUCACCACGGUACAGGUGCACCACCUGAUUUACAGGCCAAGGGACUCCUCUUGGUCACCUCUCUGUGCCCCCAGCAUGGGGCUGGCCCUGCAGUGCACCCACCAUCAAGGGCUGGUGUCUCUUGCUCCAGAAUGAGGUCUUCAGGGCGCCACUGCUCGCAGGACCGGGAAGGACCUGGUGCCCUUUGCCUGGAGCGGGAUGGGCAGGGCAGGUCCCUGAGCCUGGGGUCCGAGGGGCUGGGCUUCACUCCUCCCGUAGUCCCGGCACUCCUGGCCCACCCCCUAACGUUGCUUGUCUGUGGUGGAGGAAGCAUUAGCUCAGCUGUGGCCCGCACAGCUCCCGGGCCAGGCCCACCUCCCUUCCUUCCCCAGCAGCUGCUGUUAGGUGCACGGUAGACAUGAUGAAGCGACGUCCUUAAAGCAGAUAGCAUCUCCCCUUCACAGUGGGAAAUGAGCCCGCAAGCUGUGUGAGCCGGGGUGGGCAGCGCGUGGGCUGCCCUGAGGCUGCCCCAUCCCUAGGUUUUGGGGGAGCGCCCCUUCCCCUUUGGAGGCUGAGCACGGCAUGUGUGGGCACCUUGGUCACACUCCAGAGCUUGCUUCAUUCCCAUGAGCGGCACCUGAUCUCCAGUGACAGGGGAGACUGAGGCCUGGCAAAGAGGACCUGUUGCCUUUGUGUAACUGGCCCUAGCAUGGGGGAGGCAUUGACCCCAGGCCUACCAGGCCUGGCAGCCACAGCCUGGCUGGGUGGAGGUUUACUGCCUUCUGCACCGCUCUGGCUUCCUCCCUGUGCCUGUGAAGAGCUCGGGGCCUGCUUCCUAAUCUGUAAACAUGGGGCGUGUGUCUCAGUGGCUGUGAGCUAGCGAGGGGGCGGCGAGUGAGCCGGCUGCGCAGGUCCUGAGGCCCCAGGCCUCAUUGUUGGCCAACAGGCAGCUGGGGGCGGGCUGUGGCCGCUGAUUAAAGGCCGCCUAGAGCAGCCUGUGCGGCAACAGGUGCCCAGAAGCCCAGGAAGCCGGUCAGUGCCCGCCCCAGGUAAGCUGGUAUGGUGGGGUUGGCAAGGACAGUCUCCCCGGGAGCCUGGGGGCAAGCAGGCAGAGGCCAGCUCGGGGCCAGCACCUGUGUGCCAGGGACGAGGCUGGGGAGGUCGAGCCCAGGGGGAGCUGGGCGCACUGCAUGGGCUCUUUUCAGGUGGCUGCUUGCCUGCUUCCCGGCAGCUGGUUCCAGGGCUGGAGACCCAGCGUGCUAUGCCCCAGGUUCCCAGCCAAGGCAUUCUGGUGAAGGGGCUGGACCCCGCCGAGGUGCAGUCCCUGAGCUGCCUUUGCCUCUCUCAAUCCCUGCUGGGGACUGUGGCUGGAGGCAGGCAGUAGACCGCUCUGAGGCCUGCCUUUUCUGUUCAGUAGGUGACAGGAGUGGGGCUGAUGCUCCCAGAGCCAAAGGUCACAGGUGCUGUGGUCAGGGGUGGCAGGAAGUGAGCCCCGGAAGGGUCAGAGCUUUGGCUAGGGGGAGGAUGGUACACAGCAGGGCCCAGGCGAACCCCUCUCUCCAGUCCUCAGGGUUUGUGCCUCUCGCUCUGGCAGUUUGAGGACUUGCUGUCCCCGUGGGAACAUCACCAUGUCCGAGGCACCCCGGGCCGAGACCUUUGUCUUCCUGGACCUGGAAGCCACUGGGCUCCCCAGCGUGGAGCCCGAGAUUGCUGAGCUGUCCCUCUUUGCUGUCCACCGCUCCUCCCUGGAGAACCUGGAGCGCGACGAGUCUGGUGCCCCAGUGCUGCCCCGGGUCCUGGACAAGCUCACGCUGUGCAUGUGCCCAGAGCGCCCCUUCACCGCCAAGGCCAGCGAGGUCACCGGCCUGAGCAGCGACGGCCUGGCCCGAUGCCGGAAGGCUGGCUUUGAUGGUGCCGUGGUGCGGACGCUGCAGGCCUUCCUGAGCCGCCAGGCAGGGCCCAUCUGCCUUGUGGCCCACAAUGGCUUUGCUUAUGAUUUCCCCCUGCUGUGUGCCGAGCUGCGGCGCCUGGGUGCCUGCCUGCCCCGGGACACUGUCUGCCUGGACACGCUGCCGGCCCUGCGGGGCCUGGACCGCGCCCACAGCCACAGCACCCGGGCCCGGGGCCGCCAGGGUUACAGCCUCGGCAGCCUCUUCCACCGCUACUUCCGGGCAGAGCCAAGCGCGGCCCACUCAGCCGAGGGUGACGUACACACCCUGCUCCUGAUCUUCCUGCACCGCGCCGCAGAGCUGCUCGCCUGGGCAGAUGAGCAGGCCCACGAGUGGGCCCACAUCGAGCCCAUGUACUUGCCGCCCGAUGACCCCAGCCUGGAGGCCUGAGCACCAGGGCCACCUCCUGUGCCACGGACAGUGCCAGCCUCCACCGUUCAGCUGGCCUCUACCACCCCCGGUUCCUCCUAUCUGGGCAGCUGCAGGUCUGUGCACCUGCCAGGCCUUCCCUGGCUGCCUGACCAGCCAUACAGCCCUGGAUUCCUCUCCAGGCCCCGCUUCCAGGGCCGUGCUCUCCCGGCCAGGCUGCGUGCCCAGCAGAGUUUGCUGUUUCCCAAUAAACAUUGCCAACUACUCA